UGCAUCUCGCAGUCCGCGGUCAAGACCAAGUUUGAGCAGCACACGGUCAGAGCCAAGCAGAUUGCGGAGGAGGUCCGGCACAUCAUGGAUUCCGUGCAUGUGGCGGCGCAGGAACAGAGGGUUUACUGCCUGGAGAAGUGGGAUGACCGCCAGGAGCGCCUGGGAUUCAUAGAGAAACAGCUGGACCUGCUCACUCAGAGCUACAAGUUGAAAAUCAAGGAGAUCACGGAAGAGGUGGAGCGCCAGGUCUCCAACGCCAUGGCGGAAGAGAUCCGGAAGCUCUCGGUGUUAGUGGAUGAGUUUCAGCUGGAUUUCCAUCCUUCCCCCGUGGUCCUGAAGGUUUAUAAGAACGAGUUGCAUCGUCACAUCGAGGAAGGCCUGGGCCGAAACAUGUCCGAUCGUUGCUCUGGUUCCAUCUCCGCCUCUUUGCAGAUCGUGCAGCAAGAAAUGAUUGAUGGGCUGAAGCCGCUCCUCCCCGUUUCCCUGAGGGGGCAGAUCGAGCUGCUGGUCCCCAGACAGUGCUUCACCCUCAGCUACGACCUGAACUGCGACAAGCUGUGCGCCGACUUCCAGGAAGACAUCCAGUUCCAUUUCUCACUCGGCUGGACCAUGUUGGUGAACCGGUUUCUGGGGCCCAAAAAUACACGCCGGGCCUUGAUGGGCUACAGCGACCAGGUUCAGCGUCCGUUGCCCCUGACCCCGGCGAACCCAAGCCUGCCCCCCAUGCCACAGGGGUCCUUGACUCAGGAGGAACUGAUGGUCUCCAUGGUGACCGGCCUGGCCUCCCUCACCUCCAGGACUUCCAUGGGCAUCCUGGUGAUUGGUGGAGUGGUAGGUUUUGGGGGAGCGUUCUCAUAA